UCUUCGCCCCACCGACCGGUGUCCCGAAGUGGCCGGCACGCCUAGUUCCCCGCCGCAGCGGUCCCGCUCCCGUCCGGCCUCCUGCUCCGGCCACGUCCGAGCAGCGCUGCCGAUUCCUGAAAAACACCCUUUCCAGUGUCUGGCCAGACAGAUUUGACCCCACGUCCUGAGCAGGAGUAAGGCCGAUUGGGAACAAUGGCAACUGCCCCUGGCCUGCAAUCUCCACCACCCCUGGAGCAAGAUCGGGAGCAGGAAGAAUACCUGAUCGUGAAGGUCGAGGAGGACUUCUGCUGGGAAGAGGAGCCCUCACCGGAGAUGGAAUACCCCAGCCCCGAGACCUUCUGCCAGCUCUUCUGGCUCUUCUGCUACCAGGAGGUCGCUGGACCCCAGGAGGCCCUGAGCCGCCUCUGGGAGCUCUGCUGCCGCUGGCUGCAGCCGGAGCUGCGCACCAAGGAGCAGAUCCUGGAACGGCUGGUGCUGGAGCAGUUCCUGACAGUGCUGCCGGGGGAGAUCCAGGGCUGGGUGCACGAGCAGCACCCGCAGAGUGGUGAGGAGGCCAUGGUCCUCGUGGAAGGGCUGCAGCGGGAGCCCAGGAAACAGAGGCAGUGGGGCUCAGAGGUGCUCUCUGACGACGUGGUGCCCCUUGGGACAGGGAGACAGACCUUGGAACACCAGGUGGAAGCUCAGCCAGAGAAGCUCCUAGAGGAAGGGGCUCAAUGCUCCAGUCAGCGACCCUCAGCCCAGGCUCACCACAGACUAAAAAGUGGCCCCCUGCUCUGGCCAAAGAGGGGAUCCAGCCAUGUCUGCCAAGGCUCAGGAACAGGGGUGGAUGGCAGCAUUCGGAGUGGCCAAGCGAGGGGACACAGGAAGGGGACCUGCCAUCGUGACAAGAGUAGAGAGGGAUGGGGUGACCCACCAGACAAAGCCCUGCCCAACGGAGCAGUGCCAGUGACCUUGGAGGACGUGGCUGUGUACCUGUCCAGGGAAGAGUGGGGAUGCCAGGACCCAGCUCAGCAGGACCGCGGUUGGGACGUGCUGCCAGAGAAUGAAGGGCGUAGGACCCAGCUGGAGGGUGACAGUGACACCUUGGAGGACCCACAAGGAGAACGGAGCAGUGCAAGGUGCUGUUGGGCACAGCCACAUGGCUGCUCCCCACUGGACAGAGCAGGGGUCAACAAGCCAUACAUGUGCCCUGAAUGUGGCAAAGGCUUUAGCAAAAUGUCCCACUUGACCAAGCACCAGCACACGCACACCAGGGAACGGCCCUAAAAGUGCCUGGUGUGUGGGAAGGUCUUCAGUGACCACUCCAACUUGCUCAGCAUGCACCAGCAGGUGCACACAGGCAAGAAGCCCUACCCAUGCCCCAAGUGCGACAAGUGCUUCAGCCAGAGCUCCAGCCUGGUCAUCCACCACAGGAUGCACACCGGGGUGCAGCCCUACUUGUGCGCCCAGUGCAGCAAGAGCUUCAACAACAGCUCCCAUUUCAGUGCCCACCGCAGGACGCACACGGGUGAGAAGCCCUACGCCUGCCCAGCCUGUGGCAGGGGCUUCUGCCACGGCAUUGACAUACACGAGUACCAGUGGACCCACGCUGGGGACAGUGUGCCCCCCAGGCACCAGCUGGCAGCACCCCAGAGGCUGCAGGGGGCCCCUGGUGCCAAAGCCUGACCUCCACGCACAAACUCGUCCUUUCUCAGACCCUUCUUAGAAGUUCCCAGCCACAGAACUCACAAAGCUGCAGAGUCGCCUCUGUC